AUGAUUUCCCCGAAUCCACGCGUGGUCGAGCGACGACGUACGUUUCGACGCAGAGUGACGGCGAGGAAACUGAUCGCGAGAGCGUGCGAUUGUGCCCUUAUCCUCGGAAUCAUCGCGAUCUGGUGGGUGAGACGGACGGCGGACGAAUCGCACGACAUCUCGACGCGCUGGUCGAUCACUCGCAUGUUCACUCGAACGCCUCCGCCGCCGCCGCCGCCGCCGCCGCCGCCGCCGAAACCAAAGUACGAGGAGACAUCUUCAAAGACGACGCCCUUUGGUCCGGACGGCGGGCCGCUGGAAUACGGGAACGUCCACCGCAUCGAGUGCGGGAACGACGCCGCGCUCACUGGAUUUGAAUUUCAAGUAUCCGACGAAGGAACGGAGACGAACGUGCGCAACGCCUACGCGUGCGUCGAGGCGAUGUUCGACGACGGCGCGACGUUUGGAAUUGCGGGUCCGGAGAAAGAAACCGAGUUCGGACCCUCGGGAUCGAUGUCGCUCGAACGAAACUCUUUGGACACGCUGAGCGCGCACGAGGUGGAUUGCGUGGACCGUUUCAUAUCGAGCUGGUAUCUGAAACAGUGGAGUAAAUCAAUGUCCAUCGCGUACGCGUGCACGUCGGGGAAACCGACGCCGCGCUUCGACGCGUGCGCGACGACAAAAUCUCUCGAAAUCGAGGCCAACGUCAGGAAAGUCAGCUCGUUAGCGCUCGCGAAAGUGUCGUGUAGCGAAGGCUCGGCGCUCACGCGUUUUCGAUUCACCGGUGAUGCGUUUGAGUUUACGUGUUGUCCGACGCCAGAGCUUUAG